AUGGGCCAAGGGUCUGAGGACGUCCACGGCAGCUUCAUGGGCUCAGGCCUGCGUAAAGCAUUUUUAAUCCUUGCAGCUAUUCGAGAAACCAAGGAGGCGUUGGAGAAUGUGAACGUCUCCGUGGAGGUCUUGCAAGAGGGCACGGAGAGGCUGCAGGGCAACCUGACGGACGUCAAGAGCCACCUCAUGAACACGCUCAACGAUUCGGCGUGCGCCACUGCCCAGGCGGCCUCCAUCUGCAACGUGAUCAGAAACUCCUUGAGUCAGCUGAGCAUCAACGCGAACUUCAGCCGAUUGCCCGGAGUGAGCGCUCAACUUGCCAAAGUCAAUGAAGUCCUUAAAAUAGACCUUUCCAGUCUGGUUCAAAAGGGUUAUGCAGCAUUUAACGAUACGCCCGAUUUGGUGCUCAAUCAAACGAGGAACAUUUUAUCAGCCGUUCCUUAUAUCAAAAAUGUCCUGGAAGCCAUUGGUUCAAAUAUCACAACCUUUACUAAAACACUUCCUAUCCAGAAGACACUGACAGACUUCGCUAUAUAUCUUACUCAGGGUCAGGCCUAUGUAGAAGAUUAUUUUCCUUUAGUGGAGCAGUAUGAUUUCUACAGGUGGCUGGGUUGCUUAAUUCUCUGCUGCGUGGUGAUCCUCAUCCUCGUCUUUUACUACCUGGGACUGUUGUGUGGUACCUGCGGUUUUGACAAAAAUGCCACACCCACAACGAGAGGCUGUAUCUCGAACACUGGAGGAAACUUCUUGAUGGCGGGCGUGGGCUUCAGCUUCCUCUUCUCCUGGGCUCUGAUGCUGAUUGUCGUGGUCACUUUCGUUGUGGGGGGAAAUGUGGAGAAGCUGGUCUGCGAGCCCUUUGAAGACAAGACCUUAUUCCAGAUCCUGGACACUCCUUACCUGCUGAAUCGGCACUGGAAACACUACCUUUCUGGCAUCGUUUUAAAAAAUCCAAAUAUUAACUUGACGUUUGAAAAAGUUUACAGUGACUGCAAAGAAAACAAGGGGAUUUACACCUCACUGGGCUUAGAAAACCUCUUCAAUAUCUACGAAUUUUUGAACGUGAGCAUGUAUGCCGAAGAAGUAUCACUGAAAAUCAGACAAAUUAAUAUCAAUCUGAGCAAUAUCAUUUUGCUGGAUGAAACAGGAAAGGAGAAUCUACUGAAUUUCAGUUUCUCAGGAAUAAAUGAGAUCAACUUCAUAGCGUAUCUGUCAGAGAUCAACAAGAGUGUUACCAAAGUGGAUCUCUUGUCAUUUGCUAAUGACUUGGAAGCCAGCGCAGACCAACUGCCCAAAGGAGCACUAGAAAAUGCCUUGAAAGGUCAUGCAAACAAUAUCCGGAUGAUACAUAACCAACAGGUUAUCCCCCUGGAGCAAGCGAUGAGUACUUUAAACCAGAGCAUUAGGUUACUUCAAAGAACAUCAUCUGAACUUUCAGGAAAAGUGAAAAACGUGAUCCGUGCCGUUGAGGACGCUCAGCUCCUUAUAAACAAUAAUGCUUCAUUAGUCAUUAUUGAGGAAACCAAAAGAUACAUGGACACCAUAAUAGGCUACUUCAAGCAAUAUGCAGCGUGGGUCAAGGAAUCGAUUACUAUGGAAGUGGCGGCGUGUAAGCCUGUGGCCAAUGUCAUUGAUACAGCCGUAGAGAUAUUUUUAUGCAGCUAUGUCACAGAUUCCCUGAAUGCCUUUUGGUUCGGCUUGGGAGGCUGUACGGUAUUUCUCAUCCCUGCCAUCAUCUGUGCUGUGAAGCUCGCCAAAUACUACCGGAGGAUGGACACAGAAGAUGUGUACGACGAUGUUGAAACUAUGCCCAUGAAAAAUUUGGAAAAUGGUAAUAAUGGUUAUCAUAAAGAGCAUAUAUAUGGUAUACACAAUCCAAUUAUGACCAGCUCUGCUGAGCAGUGGUAGUACAGACCAAAUAUACUAAGGGUUCUCCUGGGAAACACAGCAUCUUUUCAACCGAUGUCGAGUUCCAUAUUUAUACUCUGAAUCCUGAGACGGCCUCAUUUGGGGCCUGUGGGCCGAAGCGAUGCUGAAUGAAAACUACCGAACCUCACGCCGUAAACUGCUGGAAGAGCCCUCGGAGAUCGCCCCACACGACGCCCGUGAUUUGCGGUUCAGUUCUGUUAUUAAGAUUGAACUAUAAAAGGCUUCGGAGGUCUUGUUUUCUAAUACCGGUUUUCCACUUGAGUGUCUGUUUCUGCGUCAUGUAGCAUACUGGCUUAGUUUACCCAGGGUUGUUGGGGAGGGAGAGCUUUGCUUCAGAUUAAUCGCCCAGUCCAAAUUCUGAAGUUGGGAGAUGUUCAUACACAUCAGAGUGUUUACAUGAAGAAUAUGUUUUGUGUACAGACACUUUUGUAUCCGUGUUUUUUACAGCUGUCUUGCAGCAGAUUUUUUAAAAAUACUGUUUGUUAUAUUUCAUAAGCGAUCUGUUGAGCAUGAUCGGGGGUUUUGUGGGGGGGGGCUAUGCUGUUGGGUAGGCAUGUUAGCUUGUAAGAAUUAUGGAAGUCGGCUUUAUCUUGUACAUUGUUUAUGGAACAGCUCUAAUAAUCAAAAGUUUAUUCUUCUUACUGAAUCACAUACUAUGCUGUGUUAUAAAGACCAAAUAUAUAUCUAUAUUGAAGAAAAUAGCUCUAAAAGUUGCAGGCAAUUUGGAACAGAAUUGCAUACCUUCACUGGAACCUACGCAAAGAUAGCAUGGUAGAAGGAGAGUUUUAGCAAAUGAUGUAUCCUGAUUAGAAAGGGCUCUGCCUUGGUUUGAUACCACAAAUGUGAUCUAAAUGAGAGCAGCAGUGGCGUAGUGGCUAAGAGCAGUGGCUAAGAGCAGGUGCACUCUGAUCUGGAGGAACUGGGUUUGAUUCCCAGCUCUGCUGCCU